AUGGGCGUCGAAAGAACAUGGGACUAUUUGAAAGAUGAAUUUGAUCGAGAAGGUGAUGGCUUAUCUGAUCCUACAGCACGAUAUUUCGAAACAAUAGGACCUGGACCUCAGUUAUUUGGUGUUGUUACUCCUUCGGUAUACUAUCAUGAUCAACAACGAUGGUUUAAAUAUAAAAGUUCAUAUGAUGUUGUUUUUGACACAAUGGAAAUUCCAGACUGA